GCUCCUCCUCACGUCUUCACCCGCACCCCGACAUCGUACGGCCGGCCGCGAUUGCGCCUGUAACACCGCCGUUGUUUUCACACCCCGCUUCUCGCGACUUCACCUUUGACGUUCGGCGGCUGUCAUAAUGUCGGCGGAUGAUAUUGACGACGAGCUCUUCGCCCUCGCUGGCGGGGACGAAGAUGCUGACGUUGAGGAAGGCGAAGCUUCAUCGGUUGCGGCUUCAUCGCCCCACUCCUCUCUUGGCUCCGACGCUAUGGACGAGUCCGACUCAGACCGCGAAGAGGACGUUCCGACGAGAGACCCCAGUGUGCCGUACCCGCUCGAGGGCAGGUUCAUCGACUCCAGGGACAAGGCAAGGAUCAUGGCCUUGACACAGCUGGAGCGAGAAGAGAUCUUGGGUCAACGAGCAGAAGAGAUGAGCAAGGCCAAAUUCCAGGCCGACCUAGCCAAGCGCGCGGCCAACAUGCUGAAGCGGAAGGCUGACUCCGAGGAGCCCGAGGAUUCUCAGCGGAAGAGCAGCCGGCAGAAAGUCAAGGCCAAGACGAAUGACCGGUUGGAGGCAUACAAGCGCGAGCGCGAGCAGCGUGGUCAGCAGCGACGGCGCCAGGACGACCGUCGCAAUGGUCAUCGGCGUUCAAGCUCAGGAGAUCGGGACGGCGGCUCUGAUCUGGAUGCGGAGGGCGAGAGCGAAGUGGAGUGGGACGAGGGUGUCAAGCCAGUCGCUCGCGAAGAGCAGCCCGCGACCCUUGUACACUUCGAGUCGGUUCGUGUUAGCCGUGGCUUCUUCUCGCAAGUCUGCUUCUACCCGGGCUUUGACGAGGCUAUGACGGGCACUUUCGGACGCAUUGGUGUUGGUCAAGAUCCUCAACGAAGGACUCUGUACAAGAUGGCACAGAUCAAGGGCUUUACCACCGGCAAGCCUUAUGUCUUCGAAGGCAAGAACGGCAAGCGUAUUGCGACGGAUCAGUAUGUCAUUUGCCAACACGGUACUGUGAAGAAGGAGUACCAGUUCCAGUUCCUGUCCAACCAGCGCUUCACCGACACCGAUCUCGAGACCUACAAGCAGUCCCUCGCAGACACCAACACGAAAGUACCAACACAGAGCUUUCUUAAGAAGAAGUUCGAGGACAUCAAGAACCUUGAGGAGCGCUUCUGGACCGACGACGAUAUCAACGCCCGCAUCGCCAAAGCCCAGAAGUACGAGCACCUUCUCUCAAAUCACGCUUCCGAUAACCCCGCCCCCAAGAUCCCCACCCAGUCAGAAGCCGCAGCAGCUCGUCUCGCUGAGCUCAACCGCCGGAACCGGAAGCUUGAACAAGAGCGUGUUCGCAAGGCUCUUCUAGAAGAGCGGCACGCCAAACAGCAGGAUCGUAGGCGGGCAGAGCAGGAGAUGCGUAGGAAGAAGGAGGCUGAAGAGGCAGCUAAGAAAGAGGCCGAGGAGAAAGCCGCCCGGAAGAAGCAUCUUGAGGUCGAUGCUCUCUUCGAUGGAGACUCGUCGAGGGCCACCACACCGCAGCCGCAGAAGAAGAAGACGGAGCGCAAGGGCCUGCCGACCUUCAGGAAGCCGAAGAUGGACGAUGACAUCAUUGCCUCUAUGGACAUUGGUGUCGAUAUUGACAUCUGAGCAAAGCCGCUCACUGACUUCGGACCCCUUCACCGAUUAUCUUCCGUGACGGCCUUGAAAAGGCCUGGCCCUUGUUUUCCCUCGUCCCUCCUCGUCUGCCUUUUGGGACUUUCGACCCCCACACGACCCCAACGAGAGAGAGCAACCGUUCCAUCGGACUUACUUUCGACUCGUGCGAAACAUUGGAUAGACCCAGUACUUGCA